CUCCAUUCUUUAGCUUCUUCCACUACUAUCCGGCCUAGUUCGAGUGUUUCCCAUUCCUAUACCUAUCACGAUCCCAGCUCUACGCCGUAAAAUUUUGAACUUCCUGGAAUUUUCAUUAGGUUCUUCGGCUGAAUCUUAAGAGGAAAAUUUUCUGCGCCUGUGUGGUUGGUGAGAUUUCUUUAAAAUGCCAGUGUCAGCUCGCACCUCCCGUUGAUUUCCGUGAAGAUUUUUUGUUUUUCUAUUUUCCUGGGAAAAAAAUUCAAUUUUCCGGCAUUGGGUCUGAUUUUUCAACUGGGUCUUCGAGAAAAUUUUCUGGGCAUGUUUGGGCAGUGAGUUUUUCUCAUCUUCCCCACCCCCCUUUGGUCUCUACAAUGCCAGUGUCAACUAGGUCUCAGAUCUCUGGCCAAGAACGAAAUUUACUCGAUCCAGAGCAUGGAAACAGAGCCAGGACAGAGCCAGAAGAGAUUCAUGCUGUGGUUCUUCCGGUUAGAAACCCCCACCAUCGCUUGAAAGAGAAGAUGAAAGCCUUAACUCUUCUGUACGAACAGCAAAAACAAGCUUCCAUGGCAGUCAAGAACCAGUCUUGUAGGCCUCAAGAGGAAUCGCGUUUCUCAUCCCAUCCGAGCGUUGAUCUUCUUGGCUCAUGUAAAAGGGAAGAGAUGCAACCACAGCCAAAUCAUGAGACGAAAGAGAACACAAUGCCUAAUCAGACUGUUACAAGAACUUUCGUGUUGCCUCUGCCACCCGCCGCCGAUGCCAAGGAGAAUGUGGCGGUCGGUCCUGAUCGGAUCAUCGGGUUUUCUUGCCCCAAAAAGCCGGCCCCGUCCACGAUGGUGGCGAGAAGGCUCUCGAUGAUGAGUUUGGCACCGCAAUCAGAAUUCAGAGGAUGUGGAGGAGCUAAAAAUGUGCAAGAAUCGGAGACGGUACCGGGAAAAGACGGCACAGGCAGUAGGAUUCUUGUGUUUGUGAGGCUUCGGCCUAUGGCCAAGAAGGAGAAAGAAGCCGGGUCACGGUGCUGUGUUAGAAUUGUCAACCGGCGAGAUGUUUAUCUAACCGAACUUGCUAAUGAGAAUGACUAUCUGCGGCUCAAGAGGCUUCGCGGUCGACAUUUUACCUUUGAUGCCUCAUUCCCUGAUUCCACCACUCAACAGGAAGUUUAUUCCACAACAACAGCAGAACUGGUGGAAGCAGUCUUGCAGGGAAGAAAUGGUUCGGUUUUCUGUUACGGAGCAACGGGGGCAGGAAAAACAUAUACGAUGCUGGGUACAGUCGAAAACCCGGGGGUGAUGGUUUUGGCCAUAAAGGACCUAUUCACCAAGGUCAGGCAGAGGAGCUAUGAUGGAAACCAUGUGGUCCAUCUAUCCUAUCUUGAGGUCUACAAUGAAACUGUGAGAGAUUUGCUAUCGCCUGGAAGGCCUCUGGUGCUUAGAGAAGAUAAACAGGGGAUUGUGGCAGCCGGUCUCACUCAAUACAGAGCUUAUUCUACAGAUGAAGUAAUGGCAUUGCUUCAGCACGGGAACCAAAAUCGAACCACCGAGCCAACUCGUGCCAAUGAAACCUCUUCGAGAUCCCAUGCUAUUCUGCAGGUUGUGAUUGAAUAUCGGGUUAAAGAUGCUUCCAUGAAUAUCGUCAAUCGAGUGGGGAAGCUUUCACUGAUAGAUCUAGCUGGUUCAGAGAGAGCUCUUGCAACAGAUCAGAGAACACUUAGAUCACUUGAAGGCGCCAACAUAAACCGGUCCUUGCUUGCACUAAGCAGCUGCAUCAAUGCCCUAGUGGAGGGCAAGAAACACAUCCCCUACAGAAAUUCAAAGCUCACCCAACUCCUCAAGGACUCGUUAGGGGGAGCUUGUAAUACUAUAAUGAUUGCCAAUAUCAGCCCAAGCAAUCUCUCAUUUGGUGAAACUCAAAAUACUCUACACUGGGCUGAUCGAGCCAAGGAGAUCCGGACCAAGGCAUCUGAGGCAAAUGAGGAAAUACUAAAGAUGCCUGAAUCUGAAACUGUUCAGGCCAAGCUAUUACUUGAGUUGCAGAAUGAGAAUCGCGAACUGAGAGCACAAUUGGCACGACAGCAACAGAAGCUACUCACUGUACAAGUACAAUCCAUGGCUGCAAAGGCCAACGCCUCUCCUGCACCUUCUCCUGUUAGUUCUCUCUUGUCUCCUCCUCCAUCUUCUGCCCAACCAAACGAGAAACGAAAGCCCAGGUCCUCCUUAGUCAGGAAUUGUUUCACUCCAGAAUCGAAGAGAAGAGGAGCAGAUGAAGCAGUCAAAGAGCUUCAGCAGACUGUGAAGGCCUUAGAAGCGGAAAUAGAGAGAAUGAAGAAAGAUCAUGUUUUGCAGCUAAAGCAAAAGGAUGAACUUAUUCACAAGCUUUCACAAAAUAGUAGUACAAAACCAACAGAAGGAUUGCAUAGGGAAGAGACAAAAAGGGUAGUCACCAGAACUAGCCUGCGGCAAAAAGAGAUGACUGGUACUGGUGAGUUGAAAAGCCCGUGCCACCGCUUUCUAUCUCCGGUGCAGACAGCUAAAAAGCGCAGCUUCUGGGACAUAACAACCGCUAACAGCCCAUCAGUUGCCACAUUUAAUGGAAGAAAAACUAGAAGCCAUAUCAUUCCUGAACCUGCACAAGCUCCCUCUAUGCUUCUACAGCAUGCAUAUCCAUGUUUCUGGUUUCUGUUCUUGUUCGGACCACACAUCAUCAAUUGCAUAAUUCAGCCAGGUUUUGCUCGUCAAAAGCCCGAGCCUUGGAAGCAGUAAAACAGGAAAAAGAAGAGGAGAGGGAGAAGAAAAAGUGACACUGUUGAUUUACAGUACCGUGCAACGCCAUAGUUCUUCACUUGUAGAUUUCUUGGUUAUAAUUAAUAUUCAUGUGUUGUGCACCAGUUUUAUGGCAAGUGAUCAUCCCAGCUAGCCCCAGCCAAAGGAUUGCGUUGCUUGUUGCGUUGCUCCUUUUCUAACUUUAUUCUUCAUGUAGAUUUGCUAACACAUAUCUCAUGAGCUAGUAUGUAGUUGCAUUCCUUAUCAUAUGCAAAUCAAAUCAAUGUUGAAAUGAUAUAGUUUGUUCUUUUAACUUUCAAUGAGUCCAUUUUUUUUUGUUUUUGAUAUAGUAUGUAGUUGAUAUGCAAAUCAAAUCAAUGUUGAAAUGAUAUAGUAUGUAGUUGCAUUCCGUAUCAUUUAGCAAUGAAGGUAUUAUAUGCAAAUCAAAUCAAUGUUGAAAUGAUAUAGUUUGUUCUUUUAACUUUCAAUGAGCCCAUUUUUUUUCUUCCAUGUAUUUUGAACAAUGCACAUGUGUUACCAUUUAAUAAGAACAAAUGUAUUAUAUGCAGAUCAAUCAAUGUUGAAAUGAUCUUGUUUGU